GUCUUCAGUCAUAUGGGUUGGGGUGAUUACGUGUAGCUCACCAACUAGCAGUUAGCUUGUCAGACGAGACGGAACAAGCGACUUCGUGUCAACUGACACAACGAUAGGUAUUCCCGGAGUGUACACAGAGGAAGGGCAAACGUACAGUCACUUAGGACCUGAAAACGCGUCGGACUGAUAUUUUAACCGAAGUUAAUAUGAUGUAGCGGAAUGGAAUUACCACGACAGUCUUCUUGUGAGCGGUUCUGCAUAAGGACGCAUCUCUGUUUCAGCUCUCAGAACGAGGAGCCGUGAACUCCAUGCAUUGUGUGGUGUCCCAUACUCACCAGAAGCUGCUAUUUGCACUCAUAAAGAGACACUGACAGGACAGAAAUGUUUGCCAAGUUGAAGAAGAAGAUUGCAGAGGAGGCUGCCACAGCACCGCGGAGUGGCGUUCGUAUACCCCGCACCAUCAGCAAGGAAUCCAUCACCUCAGUGGGGGCAGACUCUGGGGAUGAUUUUGCAUCUGAUGGCAGCAGUUCCAGGGAUGACCUGCCCGCUCAGCUCCUCAGGAGGAACGAUCAGAUUCGGAGGCUGGAGGCCAAGCUAUCAGACUACGCUGAGCAGCUACGAAUUAUGCAGAAGACCAAGGACAAGCUUGAAAUUGCAUUAGAAAAGCAUCAGGAUUCAUCCAUUAAGAAACUUCAAGACCAGAGUGAGACUCACCAGGCCAGCAGAGCCAAAAUGGCAGAGGGGAUGACUCUGGCACUGGACAAGAAGGAUCAGGAAUGGAUGGAGAAGAUGGCCGUUUUGGAAAAGGAGAAGGCUGCACUUUCAGCCCGGCUGGAGGAGAUGAUGGAGCAAAGCUUGACACUCUUCCAGAAAAGGGAUGACCUGGAUGAACUGGAGGGCUUUCAGCAGCAGGAGCUCGCUAAAGUCAAACACAUGCUGCUGAGGAAGGAGGAGCAGCUGGGCCAGCGGGAGCGGGAGCUUCAGCAGAAGGAGGCUGAAGUUCACUCGGCAAAGCGAGGGCUCUCUGAAACCCGGGAGAAACUCCAGGCUCUGCAGCAGCAACACAAGGAGAGCUGCACACUCAAUGCUGAGCUGGAAAUAGAGCGAGAGGAACUGCUGCUGCUCAGAGAGGAGGCAGACAAGAAGAUCAGUGAGCUGGAGGGACAAUGUCAGGAGCUGCAGUCAGUCAUCCAGCAGAUCUCUGAAGACUUCCAAAAGUCACAGAGUAUUGUGUCAUCUUUAGAGAAGUCCCUCCACGAUCUACAGACUGAACAUGACGCCCUGAAGUUGCAACAACAAAAGGCUGCUGUGUCGGAGGAGGACAAGGAGCGCUUGUUGGUGGACCUUCAGAAGAAAGUGACCUCCCUGGAGAGACGUCUGCAGGGGAACCUGAGCCAGGACGAGCAUCUACAGGAGCUUCUCCAGGAGAAAUCCAGUCUGGAGCAAAGUCUGGAAGAGACCAGAGCAGAGCUACUGGCUGUUAAAACAAACCAUGCUGAUACUGUCAGCUCUCUGGAGGCACAGGUAUCCAAAAUGAGCUGCAGCAUUACGGAGCUGCAGACUCUCCUCCGACACAAAGACGAGUCCUCCAGAGCCUACAGAGAGAGAACAGACACGCAAAUAGCGAACCUGGAACAGCAAGUCCUGGAGAGCAGUGAGCGACUGAAGAGUGCAGAGCAGCAGAUCACAGAGAAACAGCAGCACGUGGAAAAAUUGCAAGGAGAGUGGAGUGCAGAGAAGGCCUUUCUGGAUCAGCAGGUGUGUUUGUUGCAGCAGCAGAGUGAAGAGAAGGCCAGUCGGCUGGAGGGAAGCAUCGCUUCAUUACAGACAGACAGACAAACCAUGCAGGACAGGCUGGCUGAUCUGGAGAAGCAGAAGGACGAGGCAAACUCCUCUCUGAGACAGCGGACAGAAGAGUUGGAGCAAUGCACGGUGGAGCUGAACAGCCGGCAGACAGUAAGCACUGAAAUCGCCAAAGCUCUGGAAGAAACCAGAAGACAGAAGGAGGAGCUGCAAACACAGGUUGGAGAGAUGACCGUAUCUCUACAGAGCUCACAGCAGGAAGUGUCCACCGUCAGUGAGAAGCUAGCACUGAGAGAAGAAGACAUCAAAGCACUCCAGAAUGAGGUGCAGAGUCGGCAGGCGUCACUGGUCCAGCUGCAGGAGGAGUUUGAGCGGCAGCGAGUCCAGCUGGAGCAGAUGGAGCUGGACAAAGACUCUCAGCUGAUGAGCCUGAGGGAAGAGCUGCUCAGCCAGACACAGCAGCUAGAUGGCUGCCAAGCGCGGAUCUCGUACCUGGAGGUGGAGGUGGAAACCCUGACAGAGCAGCUUCACAGCCCUGCGGUGUGUGAGGAGGAUCAGAACGGCAGUGUGACGGUGGACGACCUGGAUCACAUCCAGAAGGUCAACAGAGAGCUGGAGCAGGAGCUCGGCGACAAGAACAGGACCAUCAAGCAGCUGCAGCAGAGGAUGGCAGAACUGAAGAGGACUCUGCAGAAGGAACUGAAGUUGAAGCCGGAGCCUGAAGCUGAGGUGAAGGAGAAGUUGACAGAAAGCAGAGCAGAAAAACUAGAGAGGGUUUGUCCAGACCCGCUGCCCGCGUUCAGCCCGAGCCCCCCGGCCUCCAACACCACGGUGACCAACACCUCAGACCUCAACGACUCACGAGAGAUCAACUUCGAGUAUCUCAAACACGUCGUCCUCAAGUUCAUGUCAUCCAGAGAGGCUGAGGCGUACCAGCUGAUACGAGCCGUAUCUGUGUUGUUGAACUUCACACGAGAGGAGGAAGACAUGUUGAAGCAAACUCUGGAAUACAAGAUGUCCUGGUUUGGAUCCAAGCCUUCUCCUAAGGGCAUCAUCCGGCCUUCAAUCUCAGGCGCUUCAACCAGCUGGAGCUGAUGACAGCAGAAAGAGCUGAAAGUGAUGAGAGAAGGGAAAUAAAGGAAAACCUUCCUGCGUGGCUCCCAUCACUGAGCAGGACUCUAGCUUUAAACUCUGAACAGCCUCCCACAGUUUGCUCCGGACGGUUGUUUUCUGCUCUGUGGGGACAGAAGGGCUGCACAGUGUCUGUGGAGGGAGAAAGGCCUAUUUAUAAUCAGAUGUUGAUUUUAAAAUGACACAAACGGUUGAGGCAGAUGGGAUCUUGACUAAAAGAAUCAUGAAGAGUAAACUGACACUGGAGGUUAAAUUGUCCCAUUUGAUUCCGCACACAUGGCACAAAUCUGAUGUUUUCCCGUCAGUGAAAAUGGCAAAAAGCAAGUUGGCGUGUAAGAAAAUAACAGACUAAGUUGACCGGCAUUUGGAAAACAGCCUCACUUCUGCCCAGAUUCAAACUAGUCACAUCUGUUUUUGUCGGAUCUUCACUGGACAAACACUACAGCCUUUGAUUGCUGAGGGACCUUUUAACUUGUCACUUGGUUUUUCUUUCAUUUUAAAUCACAGAGGGCUUCUUAAUGAAAAUGUGUCAUUUUAAUGACCUGUAUAAGAUACUGGAAGAGUUUAUUAAAUAGAACCUGACAAAUGGACAUAAAUAAUUCACACUGAUGUCAGAGGACCCAAAUGAGUCUACUUGUAGAGUCAUAAAAAUAUCAUCAACCAUUUUUUUUUUUUGCUCCAAUAGCACUACAUUGGUUUUUCAUAAUUAUCUGCUGAAAUAUUAACGAUAGCAGUGAAAGAAAGAGAGUACAAUUAGUGUAAGUUCCUUGAUUCAAAAUGACAGAGUUCAUUAAACGAGUGCUGGAAUUUCUGUCCAGAAGAGAAAUGUCAACACUGAUAUUUGACUCAUGAUCAGUCAGGAUGAACCGGGUUGAGUCGGGGGUGUAUCUGUCUUAAACAGUGAAAUGUACAGUACCAGUACUCUCAUUCAAGAGAAUGGGAAGGUGUGUCCAGACUUGACUGGUACUGUAAUUGCUCUCAUUUCUCUUUAAAAUUACAUUUUCAUCAUGUUUCAUCCCACUGUAUCAUCAAGAUAGUCUGAACUAGAGCCUGAGCCUGAUUCUUGAGGCCAAUUCCAGUACUGGUAUUUUAGAGUUAAAGAAAUCUGAUGAUAUUCAUAUUUAAACAAAAACAUAUAAACCAAUUUUCGGUUUGGCUGAGAAAGAAUUGUGGACAUGAUACUGUAUGUACUGAUAAAAUUGCAAAUUCCUUCUGGUGACCAGACUUUAUAACUGCAACACUGUUUCUAAAUAACCUCACAUGUUUGGUAUUUCUGCAUCAGUUUCUUGUUGCAAGUCAGCAGACAUAUUCACUGAUCUGUCUGUAAUUUGAUAAAAAUUGGAUGGGCUCUAGUCAGAACAGCUCAUUUUCUUUAGAACUGAAGAUAACUGCUUGGCCAUUGGCCUGUUUUCACAAUGAGCUGAGCCUCUAAUCAGACCGUGCUCUCAGGUCCUGCUCCUGUCACAUGAACUGGGAGAGUCUAAUCUAACCAUGCUCCUAACCUGAACCACCAGUAAACACCUGUAGAGCUUGAGAGUGAGAGGCUCAGUUCAGGGUAAAAAAAAAGUUUGAAGUGCUGGUGCUGGAGGAACACAAAUGGCUGCCACAGCUGAUACAAUCGUAACACACAGACUGUUGUAUGUCCUUUAACACCAGUAUGAAUGAUUUUGAGUAUAGUUGACCAUUUGGGUAAUAAUUAUAAUGUGAUAAAAUAAGUGAAUGCUCUGUAAAUGAUGAAAUGAGAACAUGCUCUACCUUUACCUGCCUUUGCAAAUGUAAAUGAAAGUACAUUCCACAUGUCUAUUUAUACAUAGAAAUAUGUACAUACUGUAUGCAUUAAGAACUUUAUAAAUCAGUGGAUGUAAAUGGUUUGAUGUGA